ACUUACAGCAAAUCCAUAUACACAACAAAAGCUACCGGUGUGGAAUCCAAUUAUAUCCACUGCGGUAACUAUAUGGACUAUGUUAGGUCUAGGUCUGCUGUUGCUUGCGAUGGGUGGAAUAUUCUAUGCUACUGCUGAAGGGAUCGUAUUCGUGAGCAUAGAUUACACCGAUUGUGUAUCCGUGACCCCAGGAAUCACCGGCACCUGUGCAGAAUAUGUUGCGACUUCUUCCGUUGACACUGAGGCUACCGUGUGCGAGUGCAACCUCGUAUUCACAGCGCCCUCAGGGUUCCAAAAUGAAGAUCUGUACUUCUACUAUUAUCUGGACAAUUACUACCAAAACUUCCGUCGAUACGUUGCUAGCAUAGAUUAUCAGCAACUGCACGGAGAAGGCCUCGGAAACCUCGACCCCGGUUGUGGCGAUGAGGACAUGAUCGAUGGCGUACAGGUGCUACCGUGUGGCUACAUCGCGAACAGCUACUUCAAUGAUACCUUUUCGGUCCAAGCCAGCAAUGGCACUGACGUCGUUUUUAACGACGAAAACAUUGCGUGGAAUUCGGAUGUCUCGUUCAAGUACCGAAAUCCCGCUUCAGGGUUCAACGAUACUGUGACGCCUCCGAAUUGGGGAGGGCGCACAGUGGCCACGGUACUCGGUGAAAGUGGGUUGACCAAUCAGGAUUUUGCCGUGUGGAUGCGCACCGCAGGUUUGCCGUGGUUCCACAAGUUGUACCGCAAGAUCCCUGGAGGACUUAUCACUGGUCAAAACUACACCGUAUCGGUUCAAUACAACUAUCCAACCAAAGUGUUCAACGGACAUAAGGAAGUGCUCAUCACGACUAUCUCGUGGCUGGGUGCUCAGAACCACUUCCUAGGAAUCAUCUACCUCGCAGCUGGCUCUGGUAUGUUUUCAAUCGUUUGCGACCGAUUGGGGUGUAUAUGA